AUGCUUGGCUGGGAUUGGAUGGGGGUUUGCUGAGUGGCUUCAUUAGUCAAUCUGUUUCCCUCUCUCUCUCGCGCGCUCGUAUCCUCUGUCAGUGAGUCGCUGCAGGAGUGUGUGUUGUGAUUUACUGCGUUGGGGUGUUCAGGUGGAUUGUCUGCUGGCAGCUGGACUGAAUUCGUCUGUGUGUGCGUGUGCACCUCAGAAUGUGGACGUGAAUCUCUCUUGUAACUAAUGAUGGCAGUUCAGGCUGGUUUGCAGGCUUGGUUCGGCGAGAAGUUUGAUGUCCCGUUACAGAGUCCUCGCGGCCUGCGCUCUCCCCGGCCCGGCCCGGGUCUGGCUGAUGUGUUCCAUUAUGACCAGUGGUUGGCUGUGCGACACGAAGCCACGCUGGUACCCAUGCAGGAGGAUCUGGCCAUCUGGCUGAGUGGCAUGCUGGGCGAGCAGGUGACAGCCGAACGCUUCAUGGAGGAGCUGGACAACGGUGUCAAACUGUGUCGCUUGGUUGGAAUUCUGCAGAGUAAAAUCCCACAGGACUCGGAAACACAGCUGCCCUUAAAGAAAAUCCAGUUCAAUAAAAACGCCUCCCCUGGAUCGUUUUUCGCCCGCGACAACACAGCGAAUUUUCUGUCCUGGUGUCGUCACAUAGGAGUGGACGAGACCUAUCUGUUUGAGUCUGAGGGUUUGGUCCUGCAUAAAGAGCCGCGGCAGGUGUGUCUGUGCCUGCUGGAGAUCGGACGCGUCGUCUCCAGGUUUGGGAUAGAGCCUCCGGUUUUGGUUAAACUGGAGAAGGAAAUCGAACUGGAGGAAAGUCUAAUGAUAACUGAUCACUCGUCUCCAGUGAAAACAUUCACUGUGUGCUGUCAGCACGGAGCCCUGUAUCACGCUGAUCGUGCGGACCAGGACGACCCUCCCUGUAACUGCACACAGAAGUUUUCCAUCGAGUAUCUGUCUGAGGGACGCUACAGGCUCGGAGACAAGAUCCUGUUCAUCAGGAUGCUCCAUGGGAAGCAUGUGAUGGUGCGUGUCGGUGGAGGUUGGGACACUCUGAAAGGGUUUCUGCUGAAAUACGACCCCGAUCGCGUGCUGCAGUUCACCACUCUAGAGCAGAAGAUUCUAGCCUAUCAGAAAGGCCCGUCCGGCCCAGGCCCCGCCCACACCGUGCAGGCCGCGCAGCCGCCCACGAUGGACCCCAUCGCAGCCGUUAACCUCCUCCCAGAAUCAUCCUCUUCAUCGUCAUCCUCCACGACGUCCGUGUUUAAACCCAACCUGCCCAUGCCCCGCGGCGUCACCCAAUCGCCAGCUUCCACGCCCCGCAGCGUCACCCAAUCACCCGCUUCCACGCCCUUAAUGCCUCGUAAGGCUGCCGCACCCAAGAAGAUUUUUCACACACCCACAGCUUCACCGAGAACCACCCCUCUUUCAUCACCCGUCCCGAAAAGAAGCCCGCUUCCCCAGUCAACCCCGACUGGGGUUUCCCAAAAAGCCCCUUCCGCCACCUCCAAGACCAAACUGCACCCGCGUGGAUCUCCAUCUCAACCUCGCAGUCCUGUCUGUCCCGAACCCACCUGCAAGCUGCCUAAACCUUCAGCCCCACCGACAUCUGCGCAGAAACCUGCCCAGCGCAACAGCCGCCCUCCUCCGGCACCCGUCCGCUCGCGGCUCGCCCAGAGACGCCCUCCUUCCCCUGCCUCCGCCCUGCACUUAGAUUCUAGGAAGGGCCGUCCCGUUUCCCCUCGCUUGGCUCCGAAUGACCCCAAACAGACGAUUGCUCUCGCAAAACCUUCUGUGACCUGCAAGAGUAAAUCUGUAGAGCAGAACACAGCUGGUGCUACGCGAACCGUCGCGUCUGUCAACGUUAAAACGACCCACAGGAAACCUCUAGUCAGCAGUAACCCUCCUGUCCAGAGCACCGCUACUAAACCAGCACCUACGAGCGCUACCCACAAACACACGGCACGGACGAAACCCAGCAAACGUGACGAACCCUACUUUGAGAUGAACAGUAAGAGAAGGGUAAAGAACUAAGAAUGCUGGGGUAUUUAUUCUGAUGCCGUAUUUAAUUUUAUUUAAGUGAAAAUGAGGCUGUGACGUAUGCAGUCUGUUUGAUUUGUUGUAUACUUUAAAUGUUGAAAAUACGUUUUCAAACAUUAAAAAUAUGUUUCUAGUGGCCAAGCUAAGAAAAUUAGACUACAACCUAUAAACACAUCUAUCUUUAACAGCCUCAUUUUCAUUUACAUUAAAUUAAAUAUGACAUAGCCUGUUGGCUUGCUUUGCAUCGGUAAAAACAUCCAUCUCUGCUUUCAUUGGUGCUGGGUGGGAUAUGUAGUUGCGACUGCAGCACUCAUACAUGGAUUUAGUCGGAUGCCAUAUUUUAUUUGAUUCGAGUGAAAAUGAGGCUGUGCAGUCUGUUUAAUUGGUUGUAUAUUUUAAAGCAUUGCAAAUACGUUUUCAAACAUUGACAAUAUGUUUUAUUAGUGGCAAAGCUAUGAAAAUGAGACUUUUAAAUUCAGUACAACCUAUUAAGCAUGCUGCACAUCUGUCGUUAACGGCCUCAUUUUCAUUUAAAUUAAAUUAAAUAUGACGUAAUCUGUUUUCUUGGCAUCUGCCAAAAUGUUCCUCUCAAGCUUUCAUUUGUGCCAUGCUAAAAAUCAUCAGGAUAUGCCUGGAAAUGGAUACAUUUUACAUAAAAAAAAAAAAAAUUAACACGUUUUUAAUUUCUUCUUUAGCUACUGUAAUUAUCAUUAUUUUAGCUGAGCGGUUGGCAAGCAUUUAUAGGUUUAGCUUAAUUGUUUAAAAUCAUGCACGGUUAUCUGCAAACUCAUAUCAUCGUUGUCAUCGUUUGUGUUUAAUAAGUUAUUUUAAGUCAGUUCAUAUCUGUUACGCGAUCUGAUUCGACUCCUUAUUCAGUUAUAAAUGGAUCAACAUCACUUAUUAAUUCCACAAAUCAUUUAUUCGCUGUAUGUCAAUGUACUUCAGAAGAAAAGCCAGCAGAAUGUUAUAAAGCAGUAAGUGUGUGUGUGUUUAAUGUCUUCAUGUAUGAUGCAGAAGCAGAUGCGCUGCAGGGCGUUCAGAUCAUGUGAUCACGUAACGCUUGCAAACGUCUGCUGUUCUGUUUCCACUUCAUAUUUACAUUAAGAGCACUGUUACUGUAUUACAUAAGAAACACAUGUAGAUGGAAAUCCACUCCUGUCGUUUCAGCUCUGAUCUGACACCCCAUAAUAUGCAGAAACGCAUCUCUACGGCAACCAAAGUGAAAUUCAUGUUUGAAUCUUGAAUGGCAUCGUUUUAAAAACUAUUUUAGAGUAUUUAGGGUUUAUGUGCCUUAAAUGUGUGUUUGUUGGAAUAUAUGUGUGGUUUAUUAUCAAGAACUGUAUUUAGUCAGGAUGGUUAGUUUGGCAGGUACUGCGGUUUAAUUUGUAUGUUUUAAGUUGGUCAAACAGCCAGCUGUUAUUAAAUGAAAUGCUACCUCCUUUACGCCACACAAAUACUACUGACUCAGUCUUGCCCAUAAACACCUGAGCUUUUAUUUUAUUACACCGUCCAGAACAAUGCUAAAUAUUUUCCAGUUUGUGGCCUAUACAGAAAGGUUUUUAUAAAUAUUCAUUUUAUGUGUAAGGGUAAUUGUUCUCUUUUUUUUUUUCCGGAUAAAGUUCUUUUGAUUCUAUUUUUGUGCGUCAGAUUGUGUGAGAGAUAUUCUUC